GUUAUAAUCCUUCAGACAUAAAGUCCGAAGCCAUACAUAUAUAUUAUAGCAAGAAAGGCGAAUAGCUUGAGGGAAUUAAACUCUUAUUUAUUGCUAAUAAUAGGGUUUAAUUAAUUUAAUAUAUGGAAGCCAUGGAUGACAUGCUCCUAGCUAAUUGGGUUAAUCUUCAUCAUUCUUCCAUAAACGUGCCCUCAUCUUACUUGCAACCACCGGAAACUAGACCAGGUACACUCUUCAUCUCUUCCGGUAAGACCAUUCCGGUCGUCGAUCUUGAGGAACAUCAUCAUCAUCAUCAUGCUGACAUCAUAAACCAAAUUUUGAAAGCUUCUGAGGAGUAUGGAUUUUUCCAGGUUAUCAAUCAUGGAGUUAGCAGAGAUUUAAUGGAUGAUGUGCUGAACAUAUUUAAAGAAUUUCAUUCCAUGCCAUCAAAGGAGAAGUUAAAUGAGUGCUCAAAGGACCCAAAUAGAAGUUGCAAACUCUACACAAGUGGUGAGAACCACAGAAGAGAUGCUGUUCAUUAUUGGAAGGACACAUUAACACAUCCUUGUCCUCCUUCAAGAGAAUACAUCAAAUAUUGGCCUAAUAAACCAUCAAAUUACCGGUUUGCUUUUAUAAAUAUUUAUUGGAUUAAUUCAAAUACUAACAUGAUAAGAUGUGAUAUAAAAUUAGGACUCAAAAUUUUGGAGAUGUUAUGUGAAGGAUUAGGAAUUAGGAAAGAAUAUUUCUUAAGUGGUGGACUAAGUGAAAAUCCUUCAUUGGUUGUUCAUCACUAUCCUCCAUGCCCUGAUCCAACUCUAACAUUGGGAUUAGCCAAACACCGUGACCCUUCCAUUAUCACAAUUCUGCUUCAAGACAAAAACGUUCGUGGACUUCAAGUUCUCAAGGAUCAUGAAUGGUUUGGUGUUGAUCCUAUUCCCUAUGCUUUUGUUGUUAACAUUGGCCUCCUUUUUCAGAUAAUUAGUAAUGGAAGGUUGAUUGGUGCGGAACACCGGGUUGUGACAAAUUUAAGGAAUGCACGAACAUCUGUUGCUUAUUUCAUGAACCCAUCAAAAGAAAGCAUCAUAGAACCUGCAAAUGAUUUAUUGGUCAACGCAAGCACCCAACAAACUAUAUACAAAUCCAUGUCAUAUGAAGAGUUUCGUACAAAUUUCUUCCACAAGGGUCCCAAAGUUGAAUCAGAGUUACACAACUAGUUUUAAUUUGCCUCUUAAUCCAAAUUCAUGUGUGAUCUCUAUGUAGGUAUUCCCUGUUCAUUUUUUAGGACAAGUAUAUGCAAAUUUUGAUAUACUAUAUAUACUAGCUAAUCGUUUUGUGUAAACUUCUAUGGUGUGUUUGUAAUAUAAUAUAAGUUGAUGAGCUUUGAAGUUGAUCCUGAGAAA